GAACAGACACAAUACAGAAGGAAGCUGCGAGAGAGCCAAUGCAGAGGCUCAAAGGCUUUUUCUUUUCUUUUCUGGGCCACACUUUCAGAAUCAAAAUUGCUCACAACACACAGGUUUAUUUUUAUUGAUAAGAAAUAUAUUGGAAAACAAAAAGAAUCGCCUCCUAGCAGGGCUUGCUUUAUAGCACAGAAAGAGCUGUUUUAUAAUAUGAUCAUGGCAGGGCCGGAUUUAGGUUUGAUGAGAUCCUAAACUACUGAAGGGGUAAUGGGGCCCUUUAUACGCCAAGCUGUCCUUGGUCAACAACAAACUGUAGCUGUUUUUUAUGUUGAAUAUACGCUAUAUGGUAAUUUAUCGAUGUACUAGGUAUCUAAAGCCAUUUGCACAUAAUAAAAUAUGUAUUUUACCAGUGAUGUUUUAAGGAGUAGGCUCGCAGGCGGGGCCCAUUACUUACAUCAUAGGAGCCUACACAACACAAAACACUGUUGUUGUAUGUAGGUGGUGUUGUUUAAUAUUUUGGAAAUGUACAUCCAGUUGUUUUUUCCUUUUAAAUUUUUUGGGGCCCCCAAGAGUGUGGGGCCCUAAGCUAUAGCUUGUUUACCUUAUACGUAAAUCCAGCACUAGAUCACGGGACAUCCAGAAAGUAUAAAACAACACAUAAGAACAUGAAUCAUUCCCAAAAUAUAAUUACAAACGAGCCUCUUACAUAUGUACCUUAAGUACGUAUACAAACUCAAUGAGAGGUGUGAGCUUGCUUUCACUGGGUAAUCUCCUUUAUACAGUGGUACCUUGGGUUAAGUACUUAAUUCGUUCCGGAAGUCCGUUCUUAACCUGAAACUGUUCUUAACCUGAAGCACCACUUUAGCUAAUGGGGCCUCCUGCUGCUGCCGCGCUGCCGGAGCACGAUUUCUGUUCUCAUCCUGAAGCAAAGUUCUUAACCCGAGGUAAUAUUUCUGGGCUAGCGGAGUCUGUAACCUGAAACGUAUGUAAGCUGAAGAGUAUGUAACCUGAGGUACCACUGUAUUAGGUCUAACUCUCCUCAUCCACACAAAAAAUGUGUUCUCUUGAUUUGAUUAUGAUUUCAAUAAUGAUUUUAUUUCUUCUUCGUGAAGUUGUCACCUGUGCAUGCAUGCUCGUCUGCGCAUGCAUGAUGCCUGUCUCAAAUGUCCACACCAUUUUUAAGUACAAAGUGAAUGUGGCUUAAGUUUUCUAGUUGGACUGAACCUGGUUAGAGGGGAAAACGCACCAAACAGCAGUAUUUGCCAAGAAACUACAGGUCUGAUACGGCUUGUGGCUAAACAGCAUGCGAAUGCAGCUUCAAAAACCGGCACAGGGAGCCCACUGAAUGCAGAGUUAGUGGCAAUGUGAAUGCACCCAAAGCCUCUCUUCUGUGUGUGCUUGUUUCAUAAGCCCCCUUGAGCACUGUUUUUUUGUGAGGAAAUGGGUCGCAACAAGGGGGCGAGAAGUGACCUCAGUCACCAUGUACAAGCUUGUCCCAUGAGCAUAAGAGCUGAGGAAAAAGGCGGUGCGUCAGUCAGCUCCCACACAACCUUCCAAGCAGUGAUAUUUUAACUUGAAAUGUGUGCUACCCACAGGUGGAAGGAAAGGAGGGAAACGAAAAUAGGCCAGCCAAUGGGAGAUGACGAUGCUCUGAUACGGGUGCAGAUCUGGCUUCCUGUUUCAUUGCCACAGGAAGUUGGUGUUUGAGCCAACAAGGUGCACACUGACACCCCUGCAGCGUCUCCUCCGUACAACUAGAGACCAAUUAUGGUAAGAAACCCGUAAGAGGGACUCUCUUUUGCCUUUAUUCCUUUGAGUUGUUUUCUUUUGGGUCUCUCUCUGAACACCUUGGAAGGACCAGACAGUGGGACGCCUCCUCCUGACGCUAUCUUUCUUGUCUGCCUCAGGACAAAGAUUACGUUGGAUUUGCAACUCUGCCCACCCAAGUCCACAGAAAGUCCGUAAAGAAGGGGUUCGAUUUCACUCUGAUGGUUGCAGGUAACGUGUUGAGAAGACCCACUUUCUCCAUCCUCACCAGCUCCAACACCCCUGAAUGCACCCAGACACACUCCCUGCGGCUCUCUUUCCUUUCCAUGCUACUGCAGACCUGCUGUUUUGUCUUGGAAAAUGAAGAGGUGCCCUUAAGUGUUGCAUUUUGCAUGGUUCAGACCAGGUUGUGGAAGAGACUCUGGCUUGCGCACCAAGUGCAGCCAUUCAGGCCUCUCUGCCUGGUCCUCAGGGCACUGUGUAGGGCACAACCCUCUCCUCCCCGUCCCUGACUGGGCUUUGAACACCACACAUUCUUUUUAUUUGACCAAAGGUGGAUUUAGGGGAGAACGACUGGUUCCCCCACACUGGGUGCCGAGCUGAGGGGGUGCCGCAGGGCACUCUGCAACAGUGACAAAAAACGGAAGGCAAGUUGGGGGGGGGGAGGGCACUGAAAUUUGGUGUCGCACAAGGCGCUGCUGAAGUUUGUUUUUGUUUAUUAAUUUUCAAAAAUUCAAAACAAACAAACAGACAGACAAACAUACAUACAUACAUCCUGUUUAAAUCUUGGUAACAUUAUUAAGUGACUUCCUCAAAUCCCCUUGGUUGAAUUUCAUUAUAUAUCAUUUUAAGAGUUUUCCAAAAUCGAUUUUCUCAAAAAAUUUACUUGAUCACUUAACCUCUUUCAUUCUUUCUAAUUUAGCUUUAAACAUCUUAAGUCUUAUCCUUACAUAUUUAAAUCCUAAGCCUAUCUAUUAUUUGCAAGCUUUUCCAAUUAAGUUAUCUUAACAUAUUUAGCUAAAUAGUCUUUAAAUUUCAUCCAUUCUUCCUGAUACUCCUCCUCCUUUUGGUGGCGCUGCUGAAAUUUUAAAGCCCAAGGUCUGCCAUUGCUUUGACCUGUGAUCGAGCCUUUUGGCUUUCUGGAUAGAGAAGAGUGGGUGAGUGUGGUUGUGUAGAAGCUAACCUACUAUACAGUGGUAGAAUUCACAUGAAUGGCUCGGCCCACUUUUGUCUCUGGCCUGCCCACCAUUGGCUGGUGGACCCUGAAAGUGUGACCAGAAGCGAUUGCCCUGAAAAAAGGUGCCCAACUCCCUGGUCAAAGCACUGAUGGCGACUGAUCAGUGGGCAAUUUGGCUGCCUUUUGUUCCAAGCCACACUAGAAUGUAUCUUGAGACACAUCCACUUCUUAGUGUCAUAGGAGAGGCGAGUCUCUCAGGCCUGCUCCUCGAACCCACUAGGACAGGCUUCCUCAACCUCAGCCCUCCAGAUGUUUUUGGGCUACAACUCCAAUGAUCCCUAGCUAGCAAGACCAGUGGUCAAGGACGCUGGGAAUUGUAGUCUCAAAACAUCUGGAGGGCCGAGGUUGAGGAAGCCUGCACUAGGAUAUAUUAUGCUUCCAGAGGUAGGGACAGAAAUCAGAAUCCUGACUAGAGCUGGACGGACCAGUCUGUUUCCAGACCAUGUUAAAUUACUAUGUUUAUUCAUAAAUUCAUUUUUGUACCACUGCUGCAUUAAUCUACAUUUAGAAAAAACAACAACACCCGUAUGAUUUGUUUAAAUGAUAAGUAAAUUUGUACUUUAUCUCACUGUAAGCAUUUCUAAACUGUCUUAUUUUUUAAAAAUAUGCAUUUUCAAGUUGGUGCAUUUUUUGAGCCAAGGACUGUAUUGCAAAAUUUGGAGACAUAACUGAAAGAUGAUCAGUACAGGAGGCAUCCAUUGAGGUCAGGUUUGCAUCGGAAUUCAUAGAAAUAAAAUCCCUCAAGCAUCUCCAGACCUGAAAACCAGAAAACUAGUCUCUCAGGCUUAUUCCUGUCUUAAUCAAGUUCCUCCAAGUUCAAGGAUCAUCAGCUGAUACCUUCACGUUCAUUCAUCCAAUAGGAGAAUCUGGGCUGGGAAAAUCCACUCUUGUCAAUAGCCUCUUCUUGACAGAUCUAUAUAAGGACCGGAUACUUCCGGAUGCACAAGGUAAGGACUGCUGGCAGCUCCAGUCUGCAAUGUUUUUGGAUGGGGUGGGGAGAGCUGAGAGUGUGACCCCAGUGCUAUUACUGCCCUGCCUCCCCCACUUCACAGGCAGGAUCCCCCAGACUUUGGAAAUUGUCAAGCAUGCAGUAGACAUUGAAGAAAGGGGAGUGAAAGUGAAAUUGACGGUGAUCGAUACCCCAGGAUUUGGAGAUGCAGUGGACAACACUGAGUGGUAAGAGGCCAGCUGGAUGUAUUCCUGUGCCCCAGCUCUGAAGAAGCAAAGGGAUGAAUAAGGUGCUAUGGCAGGGAAGGUGGGAUCUGGGAACCAGAUCUGGGGGAUCAAGGAUUCAUGGAAGUGGGUCCAAAAUUAGGGGUGCUGAAAGCCAGUAUUUAUUGGGUCUUUGAGAGUAAAGUGAAGAAAGCAUAUCUUGUCUACUUUUGAAAGCCCAAAGGAUGGGGGAUGAGGAAAGAGUUCAUACAUGCAUGUUCAGCACCCAGUUAUAACAUCUAGUGCAGAAGUGGGCAAGUGGCCGGAGGAGGGAAAGCAGUAUAUGAAAGAGAAAUAAGAGGAGGGCAGCGAGGAAGAGAAAAGACAGGUCCCACCCACUUCUUGUAUAUAAUCCUUGGCAAGAUUAUCCUGGAGGACAUGUGGCCGUUGACCAAAAAAAAGGAUUGCCCACCCUAUUCCAAUAACUGGUUUUCACUAUAGAGCGAGCACCACAGACGGUUGGUUUGCAUUGAGACCUCAAACCAUGGCUUACGUUAACCUUUUCAGAUGUUACAAGCAAAUAACAGUGUGCGCCCCUACUUUCUUCCCUGCCUUAUCUUGAGAACCCCCAGAUUCUGUUGUAAGCAGUGGCCUUUGAGAGCGAAGCAAUGGGCCAAACCAUAGCUUUCGGAUUCAUACGUGAUGCCAACCAAACUGGGCUUAAGAUCCUGGCUUGGUGGACAAACUAUAGCUCACACGCCACAGGAAACCAUGGUUUGUUGCUAUGUCUCAGAUAGAACUUUGAUGCCCUAUGACAUUCCCUCAGACAACAGGCAAGUGAUAUGUGUCUAUGUGGAAGUAGCUGAUCUUCCUCCUGGCCUUUAAAGACCAAUCCAGGCUGUAGUCCCCCUCAUUACGUAAAUGUAGCUAAGGAAACUAGGAUUUGGUGGGGUGGGUGUGUAUGAUUCUGACUAGCAAUGGGGCCUUCUCACCACCUCAUCCCCCUUUCUUCUCCUACCUGGUUUCUACUGCAGCUGGAAGCCAAUUGCCCACUACAUUGAUUCCCAGUUUGAGCAGUACUUUCGAGAUGAGAGCGGCUUGGACCGCAAGAACAUUCAGGAUGGGCGUGUCCACUGCUGUCUCUAUGUCCUGUCACCCUUUGGACACGGGUAAGAUGUGUGCAGCUUUAGGGUGUGGCCAUAGGGAGUCAGGAUCAUGUCUUUCAGUGCUUGAAAGGAUAGCAGCUCUCCAUGGUUUUUAUUUCCAGCACCUAGUUCAUUGCUGAGAGCCAGUGUGGUGUAGUGGUUAAGAGUGGUAGUCUUGUAAUCUGGGGAACUGGGUUUGUGUCUCCGCUCCUCCACAUGCAACUGCUGGGUGACCUUGGGCCAGUCAUACUUCUUUGAAGUCUCUCAGCCCCACUCACCUCACAGAGUGUUUGUUGUGGGGCAGGAAGGGAAAGGAGAAUGUUAGCCACUUUGAGACUCCUUUGGGUAGUGAUAAAGCGGGAUAUCAAAUCCAAACUCUUCCUCUUCUUCUCCUCCUCCUCCUUCUUCUUGGAUGAGUGGCAGCAUAAUAAAGUGCCACUGAGCAUGUGCCAACUUCCUUUACUGCUGACGGCCCAGCUUAUCAGCACAAACCUGGCAGCCAGAUCUUAAGUGGACUGGAAUCCUGAUUGUUUUUUCAUUUUUUUAUUAAAAAAUGAAAUGAAUGGCGAGAGGGGGCAAUCACAGUUCAACACAAAUUGUGAAAACAAGCCCAGCUUCGAGACUCCAAGGGUUAGUGGGGGUAGGAGGCAGAACUGCCAGGGGCUCUGAAAACAGGGGUCAAGGAUUUUGAUCCCGCCACUCUACCACAGGCUCCGCCCCCUGGACAUUGUAUUCCUCCGAGCCAUCCACGACAAAGUCAAUAUUGUGCCGGUGAUUGGAAAGGCGGACAGCUUGACUCCAACAGAGGUGAAACACAAGAAAGAGAAGGUGAGAAAGGGGAAGGGCCACCGUAGCUCAGCUGGAAGAGCAUCUGCUUUGCAUGCAGAAGGUCCCAGGUUCAAUCCCCAGCCUCUCCAGGUAGACUCCCUACCUGAAACCCUGGAGAGUCUCUGUCAAUCAAUGUAGACGAUACUGAGCUGGAUGGACCAAUGGCCUGGCACCAUGUGGGGCAGCCCCCGAUGUUCCUGUGGGAGGCGUCUGAAAGGGGUGUUGCAGGGGAAGCUCAUAUAUGCUGGGUUGGAACAGAUGAAUGCAGCAAGUAGCUCACUUGUCUGAAGUAAACACCUCACUGUAAGGAUAUGGAGCCUCCAGUACUCUCUACAGGAAAUCUCAUUGCAAUACCUGCACCUCUGGAGCCAAUUUCUUCACACACCCCACUGCUAGUCCUGUCCUCUGCACAGCUACAUUUCAUGGCUAUUUUAGCUCCACAUUUUGAUUCCUUUGGACAUACAGAUCCGGCAGGAGUUAGAGGAAAACGGGAUCAAUAUCUAUGAGUUUCCUGACUGUGACUCGGAUGAAGACGAAGAGUUCAAAGCUCAGGAUGCGGAGAUGAAGGUGAGGAACUCUGGUCUUCCCUCUGUGGGGGAGAAGUGUCGGGUGGGAUGGAAAAGGUGGAGCAAUAAUAGGCCUCAUUGGCGUUCUUCCUGCAGCAAAGCAUCCCCUUUGCUGUAAUUGGAUCCAGUCAGGUGGUCAAGGAGUUGAAGGACAAAGUGUUCCGGGGACGGCAAUAUCCUUGGGGGACAGUGGAAGGUAAGUUGCAUUAAGAGGGCACUCAGCAGAGGGCGCUGUGUCAAAGGAAGUUACUGAUCUCGACUUCCUAUUUCCCCCACCCCACCCCCUAGUGGAAAAUGCGGCUCACUGCGACUUCCUCAAACUUCGGAACAUGCUGAUUCAAACCCAUAUGCAGGACUUAAAGGAUGUGACCCACGAAGUCCAUUACGAAAACUACCGCGCGCAAUGCAUUCAGAGUCUGACCAGACCUGGGGCACGAGACCGCAGCAGCCGCGCGUAAGCAGAUUCUGUUUUCUGUAAGGGAAGAGGAUUUGGACAGGCCAGGGCAGAGGGCUCAGUUGUGAGAUGAACAAAGAAGUUGGAGGGAGUCUGGUUAAUUUAAGACAAGAAAAUGAUCAUAAAACGGAACUGCGCACACUCCACACUGAUAUAUCCUUUAAAAAGACGAAGUUUUAUCCAGCAAAUACCAAGGAGUAAGUUGGCAGUUCCCAGUUCCUUAACUCCCUACUGGCAAUUUAACAAAUUGCUUUUAAGGCAGAUGUGGGGAACCUUUGCCCAUCCAGAUGUUGCUGAACUACAGCUCCCGUCAUCCCAGGUCCUACCUUGCUAGGCUUGAUGGGAGUCUUAGUUCAGCAACAUCUGGAGGGCCAAAGGUUCCCUACAUCCUGGCUUAAGGACUGGGGGAAAGAGCUGCGAGGGGACGUGUUAGUUAUGCUUCAGGUAGGGGUACAUAUGUAGCCCACUCCCUGCUUGCAGGCAGGGCGGAAUGUGCUGCAUACACUAGCAUGCUGUUUGUUCAUAACCAGGAAUCCUGCCUUACACCCAUUAUCUUCCUGCCAUGCUACACUCACUCUUUGCCGCUAUGCUGCACUGCUUUAGUGGUAUGAUCCAGUGAACAUAGCAAGCUCCCUUGCGCAGAGUCCAGCCAUUUGUCCGUCUAGCUCAGCAAUGCCCUGCACCCAUUGUUCUUCAGCCUGGGGUCCCCAGAUAUUGUUGGACUGCAACUCCCAUCACUCCCAGUCAGCUUAGCCAGUGGUCAGGGCUGAUGGGAAUUGUUGUCCAGCUAAGAAUGCUGGUCUACACUGCCUGGGAGCAGCUUUCCAGAGUUUCAGGCAGGGUUCUCCGCCAGCAUUACCUGGAGACGCCGGGGAUUGAACCCGGGACCUUCCACAUGCAAGGCAGGUGUGCUCUACCCCUGGGCUACAGCCUGCCCCCAGAGCUAAUGUACAAGCAGGAGCCAGGAUCUUCCUGUACUCUAUCACCAACUCUCUUUCGCCUCCCUAGGAAACUGUCACGUCAAAGUGCCACUGAGCUGCCACUCCUGCCUCUGGCCGAGACGGAGAAAUUAAUUCGCGAGAAAGACGAGGAGGUGAGUCUUUGCACGUUUUAAGGCUUUGUGUUUGUGUUAGAUCUGAGUCCCUCAGCAGAUGCAUCUUAGCACUCGGCAAGCGAUACAAAAAAGGUGGGUCCACCCCAAAGGCAAGUGCAACCUCAGCAUCUCUUGUCUCUCUUUGUCCAGCUCCGUCGGAUGCAGGAAAUGCUGCAGAAGAUGCAGGCACAGAUGCUGCAGAGCAAAGGGGAGCAGUGUGACAACCUCUGAAAGGCAGCAGAGCUCCUUUCCCACACUGCUAUGAGAAUCCCAAUGGAAAGAGACUUAAUUCUGCUUCUAUGUGGCCAAAGCAGGGGGCCACACUGGUAAUGGAAAUGGAAGAGUUAAGUGUUGGUGGGUAUGCUAUGUAUUUGAGAGAGAAAACCCCUGUGGACCUCCAGAUGUUACUGGACUACAACUCCCAACAUCCCUGAUCUUUGCCCAUGCUAGUUGAGGCUGAUGGGAGUUGGAGUCCCCACAAUAUGCAGAGGGCCACAGGUCCCCCAACCCUGGCUUAAGAAAUUAUCACACUGGAUAACCUGUCUAUCAUAUAUAUGUGCAUAUAUAUAUCCCUUCUUUCUCCAACCCCCCAGCCCUCACCCCACCAUUGUCCACUGACUGUUUUAGUAUCUUUCAAUAAGACACAAUGACUGACUGCUCAAUGGAAAUAAAAUGUAUUUUACAAGGCUGAAGACUGGCUCCCUAACAGAUCUCCAAAUCAUUUGUAUG